AUGUUAGUCCACACCUACUCAUCCAUGGACCGGCACGAUGGCGUCCCAAGCCAUAGCUCGAGACUGUCUCAGCUGGGCUCUGUGUCCCAAGGGCCCUACUCGAGCGCCCCGCCGCUGUCCCACACACCAUCCUCGGACUUUCAGCCACCCUACUUCCCGCCCCCCUACCAACCGCUACCCUACCACCAGAGUCAAGACCCCUACUCCCAUGUCAACGACCCCUAUUCCCUGAACCCUCUGCACCAGCCCCAGCAGCACCCUUGGGGACAACGACAGCGCCAAGAGGUGGGCUCAGAAGCCGGCUCUCUCCUGCCCCAGCCCCGGGCAGCCUUGCCCCAGCUCUCUGGCCUUGACCCCCGAAGGGACUACCACUCUGUCCGCCGGCCGGACGUGCUGCUCCAUUCGGCACACCACGGCCUGGACGCCGGCAUGGGCGACAGCCUCUCCUUGCACGGCCUUGGGCAUCCUGGCAUGGAAGACGUACAGUCAGUUGAAGAUGCCAAUAACAGCGGCAUGAACCUAUUGGACCAGUCAGUCAUUAAAAAAGUUCCUGUCCCUCCCAAAUCUGUGACUUCUCUAAUGAUGAAUAAAGAUGGCUUCUUGGGAGGAAUGUCAGUCAACACCGGCGAGGUAUUUUGCUCAGUCCCAGGCCGUUUAUCUCUACUCAGUUCAACUUCAAAAUACAAAGUCACUGUGGGAGAAGUUCAGAGACGGCUCUCGCCCCCUGAAUGCCUCAAUGCGUCUCUCCUUGGCGGCGUCCUCAGAAGAGCCAAAUCGAAAAAUGGGGGGAGAUCCUUGAGAGAAAGGCUAGAAAAAAUCGGUUUGAAUUUACCCGCGGGCAGGCGCAAAGCAGCAAAUGUCACAUUACUCACCUCCCUGGUGGAAGGGGAAGCUGUUCACUUAGCUCGGGAUUUUGGGUAUAUUUGUGAAACAGAGUUUCCUGCGAAAGCCGUGUCCGAGUAUUUGAACAGGCAGCACACGGACCCCAGUGACCUGCACUCCAGAAAGAAUAUGCUUCUGGCCACCAAGCAACUUUGUAAAGAAUUCACGGAUCUGUUGGCGCAGGACCGGACACCGAUCGGGAACAGCCGGCCCAGCCCCAUCCUGGAGCCCGGCAUUCAAAGCUGCCUCACGCACUUCAGUCUCAUCACCCAUGGCUUCGGUGCCCCGGCCAUUUGCGCUGCGCUCACCGCCCUGCAGAACUAUCUCACCGAGGCGCUCAAAGGCAUGGACAAGAUGUUCUUGAACAACACCACUAACAGGCACACGUCUGGGGAAGGCCCAGGUAGUAAAACUGGAGACAAGGAGGAGAAACACAGGAAAUGA